AUGUCAGAUCCCAAAUAGUCAUAAGUUAAGACCUAAGAUUUACCCAAAAAAAAAAGGAUGAAGGACAUUAAUUUAUAUUCAUGGCCAAGAAUUAUAAAUACGAAAUACAGAUAAGUGUGCUUUAAUAAUAUCGUUAACCUUACUUUUAGUAAUACGUCAGCAUCAGAAUAAAUUUGCUUUAAUUCUAUCUUCCCUUGGAAACUUCAACAACUUCAAUAAGAAUGCUCAUUAAGUGAGGCUUAGUGUGACACAAUACAUUUAGAUGUUCUCAUAAUAUUUUUCUAUUAGAGCACAAUUGACCAGCAUAAAACAAUUUGGGGGGCGAUAGAGCCAGAUAAUAGGCUAAUAAAAACUAUACUCAUAUACUUAUAAAUUAAACUUAGGAUAUCCAAACAUAUUGCCAGUUAUAACAAAUGGAAUUAAAGAUUGUUGUUUUGUCUCUCAAAUUGUAGAUUGGCCAAUAUCAAAUUCAGUGUCAAUAGUGUGGUGUCUCCUUUUCAUAAGCUAACACAAUUCUCAAGGAGUCAGUUGUUAAUUAAGAUUUUUGGCUGA